AUGCUCAACAUCAUCUCCACACUUGCUGCCCUCCUGCCCUUGGCAGUUGCCGCACCUCUACAAAUCCGCGACAGCAACCCCGGUUGCCAAGCUGCUUCUUUCAACAAUUUCUCAUGGUCGAUUGAAGAUUUCGAUUACCAUGCAUCAUACGUCUUCACCACGCCGGCUCACCAAAAUUCAUGGGGCUAUGUCAACUUCAACUUGACUAACCCGGCUCUCGAGUACCCAGCAGUCUGCAGUGCCUCCAGCAGCCAACUGUCUGAUUUCUUCUACGGCACCAUGAUAUAUAACUGCGAGUUACCCGAGGGCUCAACGACGAAAGCCACAUUCGACUUCAGCCGGCCUAGCGGGGAGUUGAACGUUAACCAGACCUGGACAUGCAGUGACACUGAUCCGAAGUACCCAACCAGGAUCAAUGCUUAUGGAACCGUCAACUUGACUUUGGCGUGCACUGAUGAGACAUGGAUCAACCCCAACUGGACAAUGGGCCAGAUCUACUCUAGUCGCAAUGUCGACUGCGCACCAGUUACGCUACCAUUGAAGCCUUACCAGAUGACUGCUGUCGCUUAA